AUGUCUGGUCUCUUUUAUGUCUUCUUCUUCUUCUUCUUCUUCUUCUUAUUAUUAUUAUUAUUAUUAUUAUUAUUAUCCCGACAAUAUUUUCUUUCAGAUGACCUUUUUCACUGCUUCUUGUAUUUUCAGUUUCUUUCUUUACAUUCCAUUCCUUCUUUCCUUUUUUCCUUGACUUUAUUCUUUUCUCUCUCCCUUUUUUUCUCUCUCCCUUUGUUCGUUCGUUUCUCUCUUUCUGCCUUCCUUCUUGACUUCAUUCCUCUUUUCACCCUUCUUUUAUCUCUCCAUUCGUUCGUUCGUUCGUUCGUUCGUUUUUCUCUUCCUUCCUUCCUUCCUUCCUUCCUCUUUCGCUCUCUUCUUUUCUUUCUCCGUUUGUUCAUUCGUUUUCUUCGAUUGUUUCUCUCUCUCUCUCUCUCUCUUCAUUCCUUCUCCCUUCUUUCCUUCUCCUCCCUCGACUUUCUUGACUUCAUUCCUGUUUUCCUCGCUUCUUUUCUCUCUCAAACUGUUUGUUCGUUCGUUCCUUCCUUCCUUCCUCAUUCCUCUCUCGUCUCUUCCUUUUCUCUCUCAGCCCGUUCCUUCCUUCUUUCCUUCCUUCCUUCUUCCUUCCUCUCUCGUCUCUUCCUUUUCUCUCUCAGUCCGUUCCUUCCUUCCUUCCUUCCUCAUUCCUCUCUCGUCUCUUUCUUUUCUCUCUCAGUCCGUUCAUUCAUCAAUCAACUUAACCCAACUCUCUUUUCUCCUUCUGUCGCUUCCUUCCCCUUUUUCCCUCCUCCCCACUGUUUCUUUUAUGUUUCUCCUUCAUAUCUUCCCGUUCUCUUGCUCUCUCUCUCUUUCUUUCCCCUCUUCUACCCUCUCUACUUUCCUUUCUUUCUUCUUAAUCCCUCCCUUCUUCUUUACAUCCCUUUAUUCUUUCAUCCUUUUCCUUAUUUGUCUCUUCCUUCCACCUUCUUUCAUUUAUCUCUCUUCCUUCCUUCAGUCCUUUCUUCACCUCUUUGUUCAUUCGGUCCUCUUUUUCUUCUUCCUUUAUUUCCUCUCUACGUUCACCCCUUCUUUCAUUCAUCCCUCUCUUAUUGCAUUCCUUUUUCCUUUUCUUCGUUCCUUUCUUCAUCCCUUCGUUCUUUCUUUAUUCUUUCAUCCUUUUCUUUAUUCAUCUCUUUCUCCCUUUCUUCAAUCUUUUUUUCAUCUUUCGUUCGUUCCUUCUUCCUUUAUUUCCUCUCUACUUUCACCCCUUCCUUCAUUCACCCUUCUCUUCCUUCCUUUCUUUCUCCUUUUCUGCGUUCCUUUCUUAAUCUCUUCGUUUUUUCUUUCUUUUUCUCUCUCUUUCCUUCUUUCUUUCUUUCGUUCGUUUUCUUCCUCUCUUCUUUACUUCCUUCUCCCUUUAUUCUUUCAUCCUUUUCUUCAUUCAUCUCUUUCUCCCUUUCAUCAACCUUUUUCUUCGUUCGUUCGUUCGUUCAUUCCUUCCUUUAUUUCCUCUCUACUUUCAUCACUUCCUUUAUUCAUUCUUCUCUUCCUUCCUUUCCCCCUUUGUUCAUACCUUUCUUCGUUCGUUCGUUCGUUCGUUCCUUCGUUCCUUCCUUCUGUCUUCCGUUAAUUUCUUCCUUCUUUCCCAUUUCUCAGCUUCGUUAUUUCACCCUCUUCUCCAGCGCAACCCCAUCAAAUGACUUAACAUCUAUCUAUCUAUCUAUCUAUCUAUCUAUCUAUCUAUCUAUCUAUUUCAAUCUCUUCGUAUCUAUCUAUCUAUCUAUCUAUCUAUCUAUCUAUCUAUCUAUUUCAAUCUCUUCCUAUCUAUCUAUCUAUCUAUCUAUCUAUCUAUCUAUUUCAAUCUCUUCGUAUCUAUCUAUCUAUCUAUCUAUCUAUCUAUCUCAAUCUCUUCGUAUCUAUCUAUCUAUCUAUCUAUCUAUCUAUCUAUCUAUCUAUCUAUCUAUUUCAAUCUCUUCGUAUCUAUCUAUCUAUCUAUCUAUCUAUAUGAUAAAAUAUAGUUUCAAUGCAUUUUGCACCGACGCUGUGUUCACCAUCAUCUAUCUAUCUAUCUAUCUAUCUAUCUAUCUAUCUAUCUAUCUAUCAUGUCUGUUCCUUUUCUAUCUUUCUAUUACCGGCUAUUUUAAUUUUUUAUAUUUUUUUAUUGUUCAAAAUAUCUAUCUAUCUAUCUAUCUAUCUAUCUAUCUAUCUAUCAGUCUGUUCAUAUCUAUCUAUCUAUCUAUCUAUCAGUCUGUUCAUAUCUAUCUAUCUAUCUAUCUAUGUAAGUCUCUUCAUUUCUAUCUACCUAUCUUAGCGUGUUCAUAUCUAUCUAUCUAUCUAUCUAUCUAUCUAUCUAUCUGUCUCAGCGUGUUCAUAUCUAUCUAUCUAUCUAUCUAUCUAUCUAUCUAUCUAUCUAUCUGUCUCAGCGUGUUCAUAUCUAUCUAUCUAUCUAUCUAUCUAUCUAUCUAUCUAUCUAUCUCAGCCGUGUUCACAUCUAUCUAUCUGAUCGUAUCUAUCUAUCUAUCUAUCUAUCUAUCUAUCUAUUCUACUAUCCAGAGGGCCAAACUUCAGAUUAUUCGGAUUCAAAUUCUUAAAGGUCUGGGUUUGACUCAAGCACCGAACAUCACAGUUCCAAAAUAUGAAAAUAUUUCCAUCUCGGAAUCGAAGUUCUGUUACCGACCGACUUGUAGCAUCCCGAGUCGAUCAACUGACGAGGAAAUGUGGACAAAUACGACUUCGAACGUUUUAAAUCUGUAUUUCAACCUUACAUCUCGAAGGCACUUGGGUGGUCACGUGAAAACAGCGGCGCUUUGGCUUCAUUUAAAAGCACAUAACCAUAGCUGCUUGUGUGACUCACGCAUCAUAAUAAAUGUCGGUUACCUUGCGAAACCCUUGAAAAAGCAUCAAAAGAAAGCAAAGCGCCGAGUGACAGACGUACGUGUUGUUACCCACCAAAGUAAUUCCUGGCAGUCUUUUAAUAUUCAAAGAGCGGUCUCUGAAUGGAUGAAUCCGAAGAAGAAUUUUGGGCUCCAAAUCGUUAUAACAGAUCAAAGUGAAAAUAUACUGAAUGCCCGUGAAAUCAUCACUCAUCUUGACUGUUCAGAUCCCAAUCUUCAAAUUAAAGAAUGUGUUUACAACAGCAUGCUGGCGCCGAUAAAUCCUAGGCUAAAAGAUCAAAAAUACAAAUGUAAAUUUUCCACAAGAAUGCAACGGAGAUUGACUGGCAAUAGGUUUCCCAUCUUCUAA